AUGGUGUUCCAACUCCCGACGGCCGUCCUGCCAGACGCCGCCGGGGUCAUCUUCUAUUCUUUUGACAAGCUGUAUGUACAAACGCCCUUCAUCUUCGUCCGAUACGAGGCCGCCAUCGAGGCCACCAUCGAGGCCGAGCACAUCGCCUGUAUUUCGUAUGCCACUUUAGUCGUCACCACGACCAGCAUUGCACAACAAUUCUAUGACUACGCGUUAUGGAGAGACAUCCUGACGGAUCAAUUCUACUACGCUAGGCAACAUGCCGACAAUUCAGAAGUUCAGUACUUCAAGGGGUCUCGGGGUGUCAAACUCAUCUUGAGCUACGUCCGAAUAUUCGGCUUCACUCUCGAAUCGACUUUUGUUUUCUUUUUCGCUUUGUCAUUGGCGGCCAGUGUUUACGGGUGGUUUGCGACGACCCCGAGGACAACACGAACGAUCUCGAUCAUUGGCAGAGUCUUGCCCUUCAUGCUUACAGCGAUUACCGUUGGUUUGAUGCACUCGCCGGUGGCACAAAAUUCAUUUCUGGUGUACAUGAUUGUUGCGAACACGCAAUUCGUGCUUAGCCUCUUAGGUAGCGCCGUCUUACUACUCAUGAUCUUGUUUAAAUACGUCCACUCCCGCCGAAACCUUCAGACAUGGAACGUCCUCUAUGGAAAUGCCGGUUCUUUGGAGAGCAGCGCAAAUGGCAGCAAGUCACGGUCUGUUUGGCUAGGGAGCAACACGAGCCGAAGUGGUGGAGGAAGGAGUCGGGCUUACAGCGGCGCUGGCGCCAAUAACACGUACGACAGCUGGCUCGUCAUCCGGCUUUCCAUUGCAUUUUGCGUUCUUUGUGUCUUUGAAUACACCAACGUUAUCCCGAAAAUCGCAGCCUCGAACCAUACGAUCGACCUCGCCGACGACUUGCAGCCCGAUCUUAGCGACAAGCGAGGACGUUCGAGCGUCCGAGGAUAUGUGUCUGGUGUUACGCCGAGUCUCGUCGCGUUUCUGGUUUUUGGAACUACGAAGACAUUCCAACGAAAGAUGUAUGAAACGUUCGUCCCGAGGAGUCUCCAAAAGCGGAGGAGAGCAAAGAAGAAUCUGUCGAUAUCAGUCGGCAACUCGAGACAAUCGCCGCAUCUAUGCACCAACUACAUCAACGUUCGCUUCUACUCCGGGAUUCCCUCAGCCCAGCCCGGCGGGCCUUUCGGCACCUCCACCACCGCGGCCACCUCGACCGAUGACCGGGUUGACAGGGGUCAGUGUUAUCAGCCCAAGUCUACACUCGAAAUUCUCAAAUUUCAGUCGUCCACAUACAAUGAUGACGACGAAUAA